AUGUCAUGUGGUGACUUCCACUUGUCAGGUGUUGUCCCUUGUUCAACGUGCCUCCUCGUUCCUCUGAAACACCAGAUGCAGCUUCAUUCGAAAAUGAUAUCACCCUCCCGAUGCGAGACCGACGGCACUCUUGGAGAUGGAAAGGAUUCAAAUUUAAAGGGAAAUCAUGUUGCCGCAGUGACUGGACGUUACUUUACCACACCAGACAGCCCCAGCAGCCCAGCUCCCAGUAGCUCCGAGGAUUCCCUCUCGGGACCUCCCCAACGUGCCUCUGCAGACAGCAUCCCUCGCUUUAGUGUUUCGGAACGCCUAUUCGAGUGA